AUGAUACAAAAGAUGUUUAUUAACAUAUUCAUACUAGUAUUGAUGUGUUUAAGUACUUGCUUAAGUGCGCCAACUGAAACGAAUGAAACAGUUGAAGUUGUAACAACGUCUGAUAAACAAGUGGAACUAGAACAGAAAAACGACGAAUCACAACUGUCAGAAAUCGCAGUUCAAAAUAUUGAAGAUAACAUUGACAGUAGCAGCGGUAAGAGUAAUUCCGGUUUCAAGUUAACUUUACUACCUGAACCACCAAAGACUGCAGAAUCAGUUAAUUUGGAAUAUGAGGGAAUACCAUCCAAAAUUCUCAGUAAAUACGAUCAAAGUCAAAAAAAAUUACUUGACAUUACAAAUGCAGUACCAAUUUUAGAUACAAUUAAUGAACAUGAUAAAUAUGGCAACAAUGGGGAUAUGUUCGAUGGAAUUUCACGUUCACUGGUUAACGGUUACGAAGCUUUUUCCAAUUUACUAAAUACAUUAAUACAAAAACCCAAAGAACUGGCACGUUCUCUUACGAAGGGCAUAACAGCACAACUUGAUAUUAUUGGUGGUAAAAUUGUUGGACUUCAAUAAACUGUAAAGAAUCUUUUGGAAUAUAUUUUAUU